AAGGGGAAUCCUUCCCUGGCUGUUGUGUUGACAUUUUCGAGCUGCUGCUGUUUCUGCGGCCAAGGGAGCCGUCGGGGAAGGAUGGUGUGCGAAAAAUGUGAGUUAAGGGGCCACAUCUUUGGGAGAAGGAGGCUAGGAGAAGCUAACUGGAGCUCUUCGGGUGAAAAGAAACUUGGUACUGUUAUCACUCCAGACACAUGGAAAGACGGUGCAAGGAAUACCACAGAAAGUGGCGGAAGAAAGCUGAACGAAAAUAAAGCUUUGACUUCAAAAAAAGCAAGAUUCGAUCCAUAUGGAAAGAAUAAGUUCUCCACUUGCAGAAUUUGUAAAAGUUCUGUGCACCAACCGGGUUCUCAUUACUGCCAGGGCUGUGCCUACAAAAAGGGCAUCUGUGCAAUGUGUGGAAAAAAGGUUUUGGAUACCAAAAACUACAAGCAAACAUCUGUGUAAAUGUGUUGAUGACAUUUCUGGCUUUCUACAUGAUUUUACUUUUUGCUUUGAAUUUUCAAGGCAUAACAUAGGUGUUCAAGUUCCAAAAUAACACGUUUUAAGACAAUAUUAAACCGAGAAAGUUGA